AUGAAGAACAAAGACUUAGAAUUUUUUGGAAAUAUAAUUGUUAAGCAAGCCUUAAAUACUAUCUUGUUUUCGGAUGAUAGUUUAUUUAAAACUUGCCUAGCUCUAUUUAGUCAGUUUUUUUUAAUAAAUAUGGUUAUAAAUAGCAGGGUUUUCUCUUUAAUCUAUCCUUUAAUGCCAAAUAAAGAGGAAAGUUGUUAUAAGGAAGUAUUUUGGACAUCUAGACUCAACCUUUCACUUUUAUGUAUAAAUGAUUUAAUUUUAAAUUUUAUAUACGCGAUUUCUAAUGCAACUAGAGCAUUUUUUUGCCUUGUAGAAUAA